GCUGGACAACAAUCAAAAAUGUACUUAAAAAACUUGCAUUGAAAGUUGAUUUUAAUUGACAAUCGAUUUAUCUCUAAGUGCCAAUAUAAAUAGAGCUUAUUCCUAUUGCAUUAAGGUUGUAAAUGUCUCGUUGUGUAAGAGUUAGCGUUUAUAACCUCAUGCGCAUUUUUUCGGGUUGGGAGACAAGGCCGUAAGCGUCGAGAUGAGCGUAGAGAGCCGCCACGUAUUCCUUGGGGUGCUUCGUGUAGUGUUGGACGUGAGGUGAUCGGUCCCAGCAUUUCCAGGUGCACUUUAUUCCCAUUUUGACCCAGCUGUCGUGGACGCUGCGAUUGCUGCGCUCAGCUCCGACGGGAUCGCUGCGGGACAGUAAGAAGAGGGCGGGCGCGUGGCACAGGUUCGUGUGGAACAGCUGAGAGGAUCUGAUGUAGUGAGACGUGGCUGCAUCGUGGAACGUCUUCAUGUGGUAUUCCAUGUACGCUCGGAGUGUCUUCUGCAUGAUCUGGUUCUUGGGGAAGACGGCUGCAGGUACACCGAUGGUGAUCUCACUGAUGUCCGCUGCAGAGUCCCAAACUUGGGCCACCACUCUGUCCAUUACUGGUUGGUAUUGUUCCUUAUUCUUCAUGACGUGGGCACAGACUUCGCCCCACAUGUAGCCUCCUACCGAGAACCCAUGUACAACCAACGGGUGCUCAUUGUCAUUCACAGCCAUGAACUUAAUCAGAUCUCCAGCCACCAACUGGGUUCCCUUGACUGGCCACAUAAGUUGCCAUGGUGUGCAUGCCACGGAGACCACGUCAAAGCCCUGUUCCAGGUAUAGCGUGGCGUACUUCAUGACGUGCUUCUGUCUGGCCAGGAGCCAGUUAAUCAUUACGCAAAUAGGUCUCUCGAUAGGUUUGUCCAGCUUCAUGGUAGCUGGAUCGGCUUUGAGCUUGAUCUUGUCGUUGCUGAUGUACUGUAUAUUCUUGGUGAUGUCCUGUGUAUGUGCGUUGCGGUCCAGCGCAACCAUUGCCACGGGGGCGCAUGAUAGCAGCGGGCGGAAUGACGACUUUCCAUUACUUCUCAGUCCAAUUUUACCGUGGUUUACGGCUAACGAUACCGCAUUUUUUAAGGCACUCAUUUUUAGAAUUACCGGUUUAAUAAAAAAAUAACUACAAACAAAAAUCUAAUAAUUACACCGGAAUGAAACUUGAGAGAAACUACACGGUAGAACGGAGGUA